AGGUCACCGACCCCCCCAUCCCAGGACACCACAAGAUCUCCCAACCAUAGCAUCAAGUGUGUGGUAGUCGGGGAUGGAGCUGUAGGGAAAACUUGUCUUCUCAUCUGUUACACCACCAAUGCUUUCCCCAAGGAAUACAUCCCCACAGUGUUUGACAACUACAGUGCCCAGAGCACAGUGGAUGGAAAAACCGUGAGCCUAAACUUGUGGGACACAGCCGGCCAGGAAGAGUAUGACCGACUAAGGACAUUGUCUUACCCCCAGACCAAUGUCUUCAUCAUCUGCUUCUCCAUUGCCAGUCCACCAUCUUACGAGAACGUAAAGCACAAGUGGUAUCCUGAAGUGGGCCACCAUUGUCCUAACGUUCCCAUCCUCCUGGUGGGCACCAAGAAGGAUCUGAGAAGCAACCCGGAUGUCAUCAAAAAGCUAAAGGAGCAGAACCAGCUUCCAAUCACCUACCAACAAGGCGUCAGCUUGUCCAAGCAGAUCCACGCAGUGAAGUACAUGGAGUGCUCAGCGCUGAACCAAGAAGGCAUCAAAGAGGUUUUCUCAGAGUCAGUGAGAGCCGUCCUCAACCCGAAUCCAGUUAAAAAGAAGAGUCCAUGCUUCUUACUGUGA